CAUGACAAACAUCAUACAAACACACACUUUCUUGAAAAUCACCUUGUUUUUUCAAGAAUAUAAAAUAAUGGCUAAAGUGUCAAUUAUGAGGGUACUAAUCGGGUUGGCUGCUAUGGUGAUGCUUCUACAGGUGGUGGUGGCGACUGACUACACUGUUGGAAGUCCAAGCGGCGGGUGGGACACGACAACUGAUCUGGGGUCGUGGUCUUCAUCCCAAACAUUUACAGUUGGCGAUAAUCUAGAUUUCCAGUUUGGUCCUACCCAUGAUGUUGUUGAGGUCACAAAGGACAACUAUGAUUCAUGUGGAACAGGAAAUGCUAUUUCAACCACCACGACUAGCCCGGCUAGAAUCGCACUAACCUCAGCAGGAACCCGGUAUUUCAUCUGUGGUAGAAGCAAUCAUUGCAGCCUAGGAAUGAAGGUUCAGGUAAAUGUAGUAGCAGCCUCAACACCAACAACACCUUCACCGCCACAAACCACCACCCCAUCAUCCCCAACUCCGCCAGAAGCUGGUCCUACAAGUCCUUCACCGCCACCACCUGCCACCGGAACGAAUGUGGAGCCUCCAUCAUCAGCUAUAUCACUAAAGAUGACCGCUGGAACUAUGCUUGGGCUUGGGUUCCUUGUCAUGCUGCUAUAAGAAUUCAUUGACAAUGUGUUUUGCCACUUUUUACUUGUUUUCAUUAUAUAAAUUUCAUCAUUUUGUUAUAUAAUCAUGUACUUGUGUUUGUUAAAAUUCAUUGAAUAACAGAUUGUUUUAAAGCGCCA